CGAAGCAGCUGUGCCCAGAGGGGUCCCACCACUGCGAGAGGCAGUGCCUGUACGAUUAUUACUUGGACAGCAAUGACCGCUGCACGGCUUGUGUGAGCUGUUCUGGAGACCUCGUGGAGAAGAAGCCGUGCUCAAGGAACUCCUCCCGCGUCUGUGAGUGCCGGGCCGGCAUGUUCUGUGGCACGUCAGUCGUCAAUUCCUGUGCCCGCUGCAUCCCCCACUCUGUCUGCCCGGCAGGAAUGGUUGUCAAGUUGCAGGGCACAACACAGAGGGACACCGUCUGUGAACCAGCUUCUCCAAGGGCCAGCCCCAACUGCAGCACCAGCCCACAGGACUGCAAGGGCCCCACCAGUGGCGCCAUCCCCCAGGCCAAGCCCACCCUGACCUCCCCAGAAAGCCCUGGUGCCAGGACCAUGCUUCUCGGAGGGGACAUCCCCCUCACCCCAGAAGAUGCUUCUAAAAUGACUCCCAACUCCAGCUCCUUCGUGGUGAAGCUCAAUCCAGAUCCAGGGCUGACCCUGCAGCCCCCGUGCCCUUGGGGGUCUGCUGACUGCAGGAAGCAGUGUAACCACGACUACUACCUGGACAGGGACGGUCGCUGCAAGGCCUGUGUGACAUGUUCAGGAGAUGGCCUCGUGGAGAAGACACCUUGCACAUGGAACUCUUCCCGAGUCUGUGAGUGUCAACCUGGCAUGUUCUGUGCCACGCCAGUCACCAAUUCCUGUGCCCGCUGCGUCACCCGCCCCAACUGCCCACCAGGGAUGGUCACCAAGCUCCAGGGUAUGGCUGAGACAGGCACCACCUAUGAGCCACCUGGACUGGGGAGCCCUCCUGACUGCAACACCAGCCCAGAGGACCGUGGGGCGCCUACCAGCCCCACCCCCUCCUUGGUCUCCCUGGCUGACUCCCUGACCGGUAAGGAGCAUGAAGCGGGUGUCACCCACACCUGGGAGGACACCCUGGUCUCAACCAGUGCUCCCAUCUCCUUCUCCUCCACGGGAAAGCCGGCUCUGGUUUCAGGACCUGUGCUCUUCUGGGUGAUUCUGAUACUGGCGGUGGUCGUCAGCUUCAGCUCCUUCGUCCUGUGCCACCAGAGGGCCUGCAGGAAGUGGAUUGGACAGAAGCUGCAUCUGUGCUACCCAGUCCAGACCUUCCGGCCCACGCUGGAGCCUGUGGAUUCCAAGCCAGGGAGGAACCCGAUACUGACCAAGAGUGUAUCAGUGGCAGACCCAGGCAAUGAGGAGCAGGGCUUACUGAGUCGCCCGGCUGUGGAGACCUGCCUGGAGAGCCUGCGGCUGCUGGAGGCCAACCCAGUCAGCAGCCCCCCGUCCCCCACAGACCUACCUGAGCCCCGAGGGACCACGGAGCAUACCAACAACAGGAUUGAGAACAUCUACAUCAUGAAAGCCGACACCGUGAUUGUGGGGACCGUGAAGGCCGAGGUGCCUGAGGGCCAAGGCCCAAUGGGGCCAGCCAGGCCCGAGCUCGAGGAGGAGCUGGAGAUGGACUAUGCCUCCCACUACCCGGAGCAGGAGACAGAGCCACCGCUGGGCAGCUGUGGGGACGUUAUGUUCUCAGUGGAGGAGGAAGGGAAGGAGGACCCCUUGCCCACGACUGUCUCUGAGAAAUGAGGGCUGGACUGGCACUGAGAGGGCAACUGGGUGCCUCUGGAAGGCCACGGUGGCACUGGUGGCACCACACCGGUGGCAGAGGCUCAUCUGGCCUGAACUGAGGUUCCAGCAUCCAGUGGUGAACCCAGCCUGUCAACACAGGAGGUCUCGCUGUUCUAUGCUUGUAUCCCCACCCAGCUGCCUCCCGACCCAGACCUUGGGGAGCCCGAGCCUGUGAGGCAGAGACAGACAAGGGGCUGGAUCUGGAUGACCAGGAGGGCCUGGACCCCGUGCCUUCUGCUGCUGCCAAGGAGAUGCCCCAGAGUCCUGGGUGUCAAACACACAUACCAAGCAGAAGCUGAGGCCACGAGGUACAUCCCCCCAGACCCUGCUUUCUCCAUCACCCUGGCCUCAGGAGUGAUGCCCUCCAGGCCUCACUGCUGUGCGAGCCACCCCUACUUACUGUGAGUGGCCCUGUGGGCAUGGGGCCAAUGCCUCUGUUUGCUUCUCCUGAAUCAGAAGGGAAGUCAAGAAAUAGGGUGUUGUCUGCCUGCCUCGUCUUGGCCGCAGCCACAGCGCUGCACUCUGCGGACGUGAGUCCCCAGUCUGGCCUCCAGCCCUGCCUGGGCCACUGGGACCCUCCUAGUCUUGCCAGGCUGUCUGUGUUCUACAGCCUGUUCCACAGUGGGCCCAGGGCCCAGGGCAUGUCACUCUUCCCGAAGUAAGAGGCACCCGGGACCCAGCUACCUGAAGAUUCUCAGCAGCCAUGGUGCCCUUGCCCAGACGGAGGCCCUGCCCACCCAGCUGCUGCCUGGAGAAGGGCCUGCUCUGCUUCACCCAGGCGGCUUCCUUGCUAAAUGGAGAAGGGGAACUGUGGACCCUUCCUGGGUUCUUGCCUGCUCUGUGGGCACCAUGUACUCUGUCCUGGGUCACGAAGAUGCAUCCUUCCCAGAUCUGCCAGGUACACAGAUCCUGAUGGUCCCAGGCCCAGCCUCUGGCUCCAGCCGCUCAGCGCCCAUGAUAGAGGCUGGGUGAUUGUGCUCAGUCAUGUCCAAGUCUUUGCAAUCCCAUGGACUCCACAAGGUGU